UUUCGAUUCAACUGUGGCUACGUUAGCAGGUCUAAAAAGCAGUGUCUAAACGCCAACCAAGAGACCGAAGAAAAUCCAGUGGAAGUAUGGAUAUCACUCAGGACAACUGAUCGAUCAGUGCUCAUCUGUUUUCAGUGAAAAAAAAUGUCCAGUAGAAGCCAGCACUAUGGUUUCCAGUCAGCCACCAUGGUGCAGCCUGCUAAUGGUGGCCAUGCCUACCUGUUUGGAAACAAUGGUUCGGAGAAUGACCUGUCAGAGGAGGAUGGUGAGAGUUACGAGUUGCGGCCACGUGGCAGAGAGAGGCUGCGGAGGAGCACCUCCAGAGAGCGGUUGGACGAUAUUGUCUACCUGACCAGAGAUAUCCAGGAGGGUGACACCCUGAACAGUAUUGCUCUGCAGUAUCAUUGCUCAGUGGCUGAUAUAAAGCGUGCUAACAACCUCUUGACAGAGCAGGACUUCUUUGCCCUGCGGUCUAUCAAGAUUCCUGUGAGGCGCUUCAGUGUCCUCACUGAGACUCAUAGUACUGGACCUCUCAAAUCUGUCUCCCCUUCAGAAUCCAGGCGCCUGCCCCAGAUCUCCCCUGUUACCUCCUUUCCCUCAGAGUCCUCCACAGACUCAUCAACUUCCACAGACAGUGUGGAAGGGUUCCUCCAGGAGAAGGACAAGGACAUUGAGCAGCUGGUGAAAUCCACAGGCCCAUCUCGGAGCAGCCUUAAUGAGGUUGUGUCGUCCUUAACGCUCCAGCAACAGCAGCCAUUGCUGGGAGAGGUUGAGUAUAAACCAGCACAGCGAAAAGACCCUUAUUAUGGUGCAGACUGGGGCAUGAGAUGGUGGACGGCUGUGGCUAUCAUGCUGGUUGUCGGCAUUGUUACGCCUGUGUUUUAUUUGCUGUACUAUGAGGUUCUCAUGAAAGCUGAUGUAAGCCAUCAUGGCAACCCUACACAAACUAAGACACAUCAACAUAAUUUGAACAUUCCUGUUGGAGAAGACGGUCAUGCAGGGACAGGACCUGGACACUAUGCUGGAGAUGUGGUUAAUGGAGAGCCGCAGGAACCCGGUGUGGAUAGAGCACAUGAGAAAACAUAGCAAGGGAUUAUAACUUUAUGUACAACUUUGUUGCUAACUCAGAGACAUUAUAAAACUGGGAAGAUGUUCCCACUUUUUAGUAGUUUUUAUUGACUUGGUACAUUAAUGCAAUCUGAUCGGGAAAGUCACUUUUGUAGUGGGAUCAGUAAUUUUUUAUAGGGUUAAGAGACCACAAGUAAGGGUGUGACAACAUUAAUUGCCUGUGUCUGAAAAAUGUAAAUUGUUUUUUUAAGCAAAGAGCAUCAAUUGGCUGACAGUGGGUCCAACUGUCUCUAAAAAUAUGUUGAACUUUCUGGAACUGAUGGAUACAAUUCAGUCUUGUUUUUUCAAUAUAAAAAAUCCAUGCUGCUGAAUUCUCAGAAAGUGAACUUUAUCCAAAAAGUUCAAAAGCAAACCAAGAUUGAAAAAACACUCAGUGAGGGGUCGUAAGCGAAGCAUAAAUUCUGGGGGGAGUUUUAAAGCAGUUUUUAGUGAGAUUGGUUCAAUUUUUGCUAUGUUUGUUUGGAAUGGUAUGAUUGCUGCCAUUGCGUUGGAAUAUUUAAUUUAUUUCUAUAGUGCAUUAUUCUUUACUUAACACUAUCAGUAUUGGGAGUUAAAAGUAAAAUUAUAAUUCUGAAUUACGUUGGAAGUUGCCUGAAUUUUUCUUUUAACUUGCCUGGAGAGAACUGCAUUUUGUUUCUAACCCAAGAGCAUGGUGAGGAAAUUGGGAAAUUCACAGUAUUCCCACAAUGACUCAUACUUGUAAGUUAUGUGAAAUUUUAGACUUUGUUAUAUAGCCCUUUUAUUUUAUCACUGUUCACUUGAUAUUUUAUCAAAAAGCAUAAUGUGUUGACAGUAUGUGCCUUUCAACCUGUGGAAAAG